AUGGCGCCAGAGCAAGACGCUGCCACCCACGCUUCCGAUCUCGAAUCUUCCGCUGUGGGCAGCCGAAGCCAGAGUGACGAUGUGGAGGACUGGGUCCGAAAAUCUGGCCAUGCUCUGUUCUCGGCUGCCGCACGACCGGCACGGGGGUCUAUGCCCUCAGGGAAAUCCCACAGUCUUACACUGAAAGCCUCCAAGGUCCGCAGGAGCGUGACUGUUCUGCAGGCUGGCAAGGCCGACAAGAAGGACCAGAACGGUGGCGAAGUCGACGCUGCCAAGACGUGGUUUAACACCACAUAG